UGUGCUUCCGGGCCGGUCCGAUCGGGAUCGGGAUCGCCGCGGCCGUUGCCGAGCCCCAGCCCCCCCUCCGCCCGCCCGCCCGCCCGGCGCCAUGAACCGCUUCUUCGGCAAGGCCAAGCCCAAGGCACCGCCGCCCAGCCUCACGGACUGCAUCGGCACGGUGGAUAGCAGAGCUGAGUCGAUAGAUAAGAAAAUCGCGAGGCUCGAUGCUGAACUAGUGAAGUAUAAGGAUCAAAUGAAGAAGAUGAGAGAGGGGCCUGCAAAGAAUACCGUAAAGCAGAAAGCGUUGAGAGUGUUAAAGCAGAAGCGAAUGUAUGAACAACAGCGGGAUAAUCUGUCACAGCAGUCUUUUAAUAUGGAACAAGCUAAUUACACCAUUCAGGCACUGAAAGAUACAAAGACAACGGUUGACGCAAUGAAACUGGGGGUGAAAGAAAUGAAGAAAGCUUACAAGCAAGUCAAAAUUGAUCAAAUAGAGGAUAUACAAGAUCAGUUGGAGGAUAUGAUGGAAGAAGCCAAUGAAGUCCAGGAAGCAUUGAGUCGUAGCUAUGGAACACCAGAGAUUGAUGAAGAUGACUUGGAAGCAGAACUGGAUGCACUGGGUGAUGAGCUUUUGGCUGAUGAAGACAAUUCCUACUUAGACGAAGCUGCAUCUGCUCCAGCAAUCCCAGAGGGCACUCCUGUUGACACAAAAAACAAAGAUGGCGUAUUGGUGGAUGAAUUUGGAUUGCCAAAGAUCCCUGCAACAUAAAUGUUCCAAAAGCACGAUGGAUACAAUGAACUACACUUUACAAAUCAGAAUUAAGAUUAUUGUUAUUAUUUUUGAAAAUCCUGGAGAACUUGUCCUUCCAGUGUAACCUUAAUAUCACUACAUCCUAGAAUGCAACAUGGCUGGUGGUGGUCUUUCUUUGAAGAAAGUUGUUCUACUACUGACUUUUCUAUUAAUGGAAAAACGUGGCACAGUUUCCUUCAGUGGAAGCAGUCGGUCUAAUAGGUUUUGAUUUUCCGUGUCAUGGACAAAGUCGUACGUGAAGAAUAGUGGUGACUGUUCAUAGCUGAGUUCUGUUCUGAUUUUGUGUUAGUUAUGAGAAAGAGAAACAAGACAGUCUGUUGCUGCUUUCUCUGUGUAAAAUAGCUCCCUCACGCUUCUUUGAUAAAAGAACUGAAAACAUUUUUAAACUACUUCAGCCUUGAGACUUUUAUGCUGUCGUACUUGUAACCUUCAAAGCUGUAACAAAUAGGGUUCUCGUUAACUUUAUGUAUUCUUAUUGACAUAAAAUCGCUUAGAGUAGCCGA